AAUCCCCACGCGAUCCUCAGGUUCUCAGACCUGCAGAGACGCGGCGAGCGAUGCCACAUAUUCGGCCUUCCCCUCUUCGACUGGUGGAUUGCUUUUCUUAGUUCUCGGUAGCGUGAUGAGGGAUUUGUCUCAGAAGGAUCUCGCCGUGUUUGACUUCAGCGCGGAGGAGGAGGCCGUGGAGGCGGCGGUCGAGAGGUACACAGCGAGGUUUCACUCCAAAGUGGGAUCUAAGAUGGACGACGAGGUUGACAAGUACCGCUAUCUGCAGGCCUGCAAUAUAAACAAUGCUAGGCGACAUCUGUCUAUUGAGACAUAUAGGUGGAGGCUAUACUUUUAGUGAUUAUGAGGAUCAAAUUGCAUGUAAUUGAGAGUGAAUCAGACACGCCACUUAAUUUUAAGCUUCAACAGAAGAUUCAUUCUCAACGACAUGGACAAAUUGUUGUAGAUACUUCAGGGCUGACUCUCAAGCAAGAUGUAUCUGGUAUCUUAUGUAUGCAUGGAAGAGAUGAUGAGAAUGGCUUCUAUGCCAUAGAUCUUCCAGAACAGAGCCAUCAUUUGAGCAAUGAGAAGAUACAGUUGGAUGAGAUCAUAGCUUCCUCUACAAGUUAUGUUGAACACGGUCAACUGUGUCAAAAUGAAUUUGAAGAAGCCACUCUAAAUACAAACUGUGAUCUGGCUAUUGGAAAUUCUACCAAUCCCACCCGUGGGAUGAAUGUGGACAUGAUUGCAGAAGAUGAAGAGAGAUGGUCGGUAAUGACUGCAUCUCAAUCAAGUAUUUCUUCUGAUAGCACGGAAGAGGAAGGCUGUUUGGAUUCUGAUGAGUUUAAAAGUUGUUACACAGCAGACAUGUAUGAGCUUAAUGAUGAGUUAACAGUUACAGUCUUCCCUGAGUAUGUCAUACAUGGUGGCACAUUGUAUGGAGAAUCUCAACUUGUUUUCUCGAUAGACAAUGUUAAGAUUGAAUGUUCAGAUGCAAGUGGGAGUGACGAGAAGUUUGCUUCUGAAUGGGCUGUUACUGAGAUAGAUCACAUUGAUUGUCAAUGGAGUGAAAGUGUAGCUUCUGCAUUAGUCAAACUAUGCUUCAGAGAAAACAUUGCAACUAAAAUAGAUAAAGUUCACAACAAUACUGAUGUGUUGAAAGUAAUAUUUUCUGUGAAUGAUGUGCAUUGGCUGGAGAAGGAACAAAAGAUUAGGAAUCUAACCGCGAAAUACAAAGUCACAUGGAAUUUCGACUCUAGAGACAAGAUAUGGGAAGAUGUUUCUGUGGGUUCCAAUGCAUUAUUUUCUAGGGACAAGUUCACAGAAAUUGAAGAUUCUUUUGAAGAUGUUGUCUACCCUAAGGGAGAUCCUGAUGCUGUCUGUAUCAACAAAAGAGAUAUUGAUCUUCUGCAACCAGAAACUUUUAUCAAUGACACCAUUAUUGACUUCUAUAUCAAGUACUUGAAAGACAAGAUUCAAUCUGAUCAAAAGCAUAGGUUCCACUUCUUUAACAGUUUUUUCUUCCGCAAGCUAGCAGAUCUAGAUAAGGACCGGGGUAGUAUCUCUGAAGGCAGAGCUGCUUUCUUACGUGUUCGUAAAUGGACUCGGAAAGUUAACAUAUUUGAGAAGGACUACAUUUUCAUCCCAGUAAAUUUUAAUCUGCACUGGAGUUUGCUUAUUAUUUGCCAUCCUGGAGAAGUAGGAAACCUGAAAGGCGAUGAAGUCGAUUCAUGUAAAGUGCCCUGUAUACUACAUAUGGAUUCUAUUAAAGGCAGUCAUAAUGGACUUAAGAACAUUAUCCAAAGUUACAUGUGGGAGGAGUGGAAGGAAAGGCAUACAGAAGCAAGUGACGAUGAUUCUUCAAAAUUUUUGAACCUACGAUUUGUUUCACUUGAGGUGCCACAACAAGAAAACUCAUUUGAUUGUGGGCUUUUUCUACUCCAUUAUGUUGAAUUAUUUUUGCAAGAGGCUCCUUCAAAUUUUGAUCCAUUCCAUGUCACCAAGUUCUCCAGUUUUCUUAGUGCCGACUGGUUUCUGCCUUCUGAGGCUUCUCUUAAGCGUUCACACAUUCGGAAGCUGAUACGUGAUCUUCUCAGGGAAUCCUCUCAUAAAGUUAUCCCUAGCACAUCCUGCAACGGGAAUGCUUCUACUUCUGUGUAUCCUGGAAAUAACUUGGAGCAGAAACAUGGUCAACUGCUUUCUGUCAGUCCAGACGAGGAUGCCAUUGACACUGCAUCGUCUCCUGACAGAGGAGAUGGAAUUAAACUUUUGAGAUCUGCUAUCGUUCCGUGUGAUAAGGAAGCAGGAUUUUUGUUUCCAGAAUUUCUUGAAUCAGCACCAGAAAGUAAUAUGCCUUUAUCUGAUCCUGCUGUGCAUGUUCACGAGCAUUCUACUUCCUCAAAGCUGUUUGCUUCGUGCCCAACAAUGGAACAUGCUAAUGGGAGUGAGCAAUUAUCUUUAAACGUGGGGAAAGAUGAUUGGUGGCCCUUGCAUCGAAACCUCAAUACCCAGCUUUCUUCCACCUCUCCUAAAGCAGUCAGAACUUCUAUAGCACCCUGCAUUCUUGUGGAUGUGAAGGACGACAUCAGUUCCACUCUUGAAUCUCCAAAUGCCGACGGUGGAAAUACUAAUAUAAGCAGUGAAGCUGAAAAUAAGAAGGCUUCUCCAGAUGAUUUUGGUCGUGUUCCAGAGACACUGACUUCAAUGUCCAGAGAAAUGCUGGAUGGUAUCGUAGCAGAUUCUCAGGAAGACAAAUGUCUUGAAGAUUCACAGAGGAUCACUAGAGCAGAUUGCCAGAUUGUAGAUGGCCAGGAAAGUGUCUCAGAUCCAUGUGAGGUUGUUUGUGAAUUACCCAAAGUUACAACAGUGGAUGUAGAUGAUGAAUGCCUUGAACUUGCCACCACUGAGGUCGUAGUCGAAGAAGGUGAGUUUCCAAAGGAAACUAGUUCAAAGUCCCCGAGACACGACGACAAUUGCCGUGAAAUGUGCAUGGACUGCCAUGAAAAUGUUUCUUCCUCCCAAGGUGUCAUAAUCACUGAUGAUGACGAAGUGACUGGUAAAAGAUCAGCGCAAACUUCACACAAGAGAAGGAAGGUCAUGAUCCUUCCUGAAGGAACCAGAAUGCGCACCCGGAGCUUUAGCAGAGAGAAUGAUACGCGUCCCUAAACCCCUUUCGUCACAGGUAAUCACUUGUAUGGCUGUUGUUGCAACCUGUACAUGUUUGUGUAACAUACAAGAAUAGUGUUGGUGUUCAAUAGAUGGAAUUUCUGCAGUACAGUUCAACCUAAAUUAGUUAUCUAAUCAUUUGAAGCA